GUCUUCGAGUACUGACGUCGGACGUUUCUUUUGCAUCCGCAGAAAAACAUCGAGGCUUCGCUUUCAUUGAAUUUGAGCUGGCCGAGGAUGCUGCAGCCGCUAUUGACAAUAUGAAUGAGUCUGAGCUCUUUGGGAGGACUAUCCGGGUCAACCUGGCCAAGCCGAUGAGGAUCAAAGAAGGUUCCUCUCGUCCAGUCUGGUCAGACGAUGACUGGCUGAAGAAAUUUUCAGGAAAGACACUUGAGGAAAAUUUGGAAGAGGGAGCAGUGGCAGCCCGGUCAGAGGUUCAAGAGGGGGAACCACCACUGAAAAAAUCCAGGACCAACCCCCAGGUUUACAUGGACAUCAAGAUUGGAAAUAAACCCGCUGGCCGAUUGCACAUUCUCUUGCGGUCAGAUAUUGUCCCUAUGACCACUGAGAACUUCCGCUGCCUCUGCACGCAUGAGAAAGGCUUUGGCUUUAAGGGAAGCAGCUUUCACCGAAUUAUCCCCCAGUUCAUGUGCCAGGCUGGAGAUUUCACCAACCACAAUGGUACCGGCGGGAAAUCUAUCUACGGGAAGAAGUUUGAUGAUGAAAACUUUAUCCUGAAGCACACAGGUCCAGGUUUGCUGUCCAUGGCCAAUUCUGGUCCCAACACCAACGGCUCUCAAUUUUUUAUCACUUGCGACAAGACCGACUGGCUGGAUGGAAAGCAUGUGGUCUUCGGAGAGGUUACCGAAGGAAUAGACGUGGUGCGGCAAAUUGAGGCUCAAGGCAGCAAAGAUGGAAAACCAAAGCAAAAAGUGAUUGUCUCUGACUGUGGUGAAUUCAUCUGAAGCAGACGCUGGUUGGGAAUGCUGGACAAGGGGAAGGCUGAACACAGAAUUGCUUUGGUCUGGAUGAAAACUCUGGGAUCGCUUUUCUAAAAAUUCAGUCCAAGUCUGUAUAAUGUGCGUAUGUGUGUACAGAACUGUAAAACUGUUAGAAAUCUCUUUUGUACAGAAUUUUUCCUUUUAUAAAAUUACAUGUAUUUUUUUCACA